AUGUCCGACAAAAACCAACCCAUUGUAGGGAUAAUAGGAAUGGGUGAUAUGGGUAGGAUGUAUGCCAAGCGACUGAAAGCUGGUGGCAUCGAGACCAUUUACGUUUGUGACAAACCGGAAUCAUUCGAGUCGUUGAAGAGGGAGUUAGAGGGAACCGGUAUAAUACCCUUACCAAACGGACAUGCAGUCUCACGAAUAUCCGACUUCAUCAUCUACUCGGUUGAGGCGGCAGCUAUGACCUCGGUAGUAAAGGAGUACGGACCUUCUACAAAGAUAGGGGCGGUCGUAGCUGGUCAGACAAGUGUGAAAGCACCGGAGAAAGAGGCGUUCGAGAAGUACCUUCCUGAAGAUGUCGGUAUAACCAGUGUACAUAGUUUACAUGGUCCAACAGUCACAACCGAGGGUCAACCUUUGAUUAUAAUACAUCAUCGUGGUCCAGAAUCAAAUGUGAAGAUGGUAGAAGAUGUGUUCAGGUCAUUCAAGAGUAGAUAUGUUCAUUUGAGUUACGAAGAACAUGAUUCGGUCACUGCAAAUACUCAGGCGGUAACUCAUGCUGCCUUCUUAAGUAUGGGAACAGCAUGGAACCACUCUGCCUCCUAUCCCUGGGAAACAGCUCGAUACGUCUCCGGAGUAGAGGUAGUCAAGGUCAAUAUCACCUUACGUAUCUAUGCUGCCAAAUGGCACGUCUACGCUGGAUUGGCAAUGCUCAACCCAUCUGCUCAAAUUCAAAUCCAACAAUAUGCCAAAUCGGUAACGGAGCUAUUCAAGUUGAUGGUGGAGAAUCGUGAAAAGGAAUUAUCAGAUAGAGUUUGGGAAUCUAGAGAGAAAGUGUUCGGUUGGAAGAGAAAUGAAGAACCUCCUAUACCCUCUUCUUCGCCGAAUUCGAAUUCAAAGGGUGAAGAACAGAUACGGGAUCCGAUCUUGUUAAGUGAAGAUAUCUUGAAUCAGUUUAGUCUCGGUUCAAGAUCUACCGAACAGCAGAAUCAGAAUCAGAAUCAGAGUCAGAGUCAGAGCUCUAGUCCAAAUUCCCAUUUGAGUCUGUUGGCGAUGGUGGAUUGUUGGUCGAAAUUGGGUAUAAGACCUUACGAACAUUUGGCGGUAGCUGGAACACCGGUCUUCAUGCUUUGGAUUGGUGUUGCAGAAUAUCUUUUCAGAUCUCCGACCUUACUAUCCUCAGCUAUCCAAGCCGGUCUAGCCGAUCGCAUACAUCGACCUGAUGAUAUCGAGUUCGUGGUAGCGGCAAGAGGAUGGAGCGAAUGUGUCAGUUUUGGAAACUUUGAUCUGUACAAGAGGAGGUUCGAGGAGACGUCGAACUUUUUCUCACCGCGAUUCGAAGAAGCAACCAAAUUAGGAGGAAGGAUGAUCAAAGCCAUUCAGGAUAUGCAAUCUGGCAAGAAAACGGAUAGUCAACCUAAUGUACAGUAA